GACUGUCGGCGCACGUCUCGAUGCCCAUCUGGUCAAUUGAUAACACGACCCAGGUUGGCACCUCGCACAGCCGGACAGCCCCAUCUGACGAACUGUAGCAUCCAUUCAAGACUAGCAGUGCAUGCCAUAUUUGACUCCGACGGUGCCAUUGACCCCCUUAAGUAUCAAUCGCUGCAAUAUAAACUCCUACAGUAUAGAUCCAGAUCACGCCACGCCGUCGGGCAAGACCAGCUCCUCUCGCCUCCCGGCACUUCCGCUUGCCCUCGGUCAAGGUCAACCAAUCGCCAUGGACGCCGCGUCCUCGUCCGCGGCGCCGCUGCGCCUUGUGAUCUUCCCGUGGCUCGGGUUCGGCCACCUGCUCCCGUACCUGGAGCUCGCGGAGCGGCUGGCGCUGCGGGGCCACCGCGUGUCCUUCGUCUCCACGCCGGGCAACGUCGCCCGCCUCCCGCCGCUGCGCCCCGCCGCCGCGCCGCGCGUCGACAUCGUGGCGCUCCCGCUCCCGCGCGUCGACGGCCUCCCCGACGGCGCCGAGUCCACCAACAGCGUCCCCCACGACAAGUUCGAGCUGCUGUUCAAGGCCUUCGACGGCCUCGCCGCGCCCUUCGCGGAGUUCUUGGGCGGGUGCUGCGCCGACGAGGGCAGGAGGCCUGACUGGGUCGUCCUCGACUCCUUCCACUACUGGGCCGCCACCGCCGCCGUCGAGCACAAGAUUAGCUUGGCUUGUCACCAGGUGCCAUGCGCGAUGCUGCUCCCGAGCGCCGCGUGCCUGGCCGUGGGCAGGGAACGGCAGUCCUCGAGCGGCAAGCCGGCCGCUGCACCCCGUUACGAGUCGGAGCAGAACAAACAGUAUUCCGCCAAGGAUGGCGCAUCCGGUGUGUCCAUCGCCGAGCGCUACUUCUUGACACGCGAGAGGUGCACGAUCAUGGCCAUACGAAGCAGCCACGAGUGGGAACCGGAGUUCCUGCCGCUGGUGGCGCCGCUCGUCGGCAAGCCGGUUCUGCCCCUCGGCCUGCUUCCGCCGUCACCCGACGGAGGGCGUGGCGCCAGCGCCAACGCGAACGGGGAGCACGCCACCGUACGGUGGCUGGACGCGCAACCGCCGAGCUCGGUGCUGUACGUGGCGCUGGGGAGCGAGGUGCCGCUGCGCGCGGAGCAGGUGCACGAGCUGGCGCUGGGGCUGGAGCUCGCCGGGACGGGCUUCCUCUGGGCUUUGCGGAACCCUAGCGGCGUCCCCGACGCGGACGUCCUUCCGGCCGGGUUCCAAGAACGCACCCGCGGCCGUGGGCUGGUGACCACGGGGUGGGUUCCUCAGCCCAGCGUACUGGCGCACGCCGCCGUGGGCGGGUUCUUGACGCACUGCGGACGGAACUCGCUCAUCGAAGGGCUCCUGUACGGCCGCCCUCUCGUCAUGCUGCCCAUCUUCGGGGACCAGGGCCCGAACGCGCGCCUCAUGGAGGGAAAGAAGGUGGGGUUGCAGGUGCCCAGGGAUGAGCACGACGGCUCUUUCGACCGCCAUGGCGUGGCCGGCGCGGCCCGGGCCGUCAUGCUAGAGGAGGAAACCAGGGGUGUCUUUGUCGCAAAUGCUCUCAAGGUGCAAGCGAUUGUAGCUGAUAAGGAACUUCAAGACAGGUACGUGGAUGAAUUUAUACAGCAACUACUAAUAAGAGGGAGGCCAUGCCCUGCCUCCAGCUGAGACUGCCGUGCAGGGUUUGUAACUUUCCCACUGGGGUUUGUUCGGUUAGCUCUCAAUCCAUGUGGAUUGAGUGAGAUUAGAUGAGUUUGAAUCCCAAACAAGUAAAACUUCUUUUUAAUUUUUUCAAUCUCAUCCAAUUCAUGUGUAUUGGAAAUAACCGAACAAGGCCUUAAUAAAACAUCUAGCUUUCAAACUAUGUUAUCGGAGGCGACAAUGGAUUGGGAUAAUUUGCCACAAUAAGAGAGCAUGUAUUGUUAUAUAUUUGUCUAUUUCA